AUGCUUACGCUUGACUUCACCUGGAUUACUUCCCAUGAUAUCGUCUUGAUAUUUCUUCCCGACCAUUUUAUUCUUGUAGUGUGUAACCUUCUUGCAGUCUUUUCCUCCUUUUUUUUUUCCCACAGGUCGCACCUAUUGUUUUACUUUUAUUUUAUAUAUAUUUGUAUCGUUUCUGUUUUUUUCGGUCGGGAAGCUCUCGACAUCUGCUGCAUCGAAUAA